AUGAAGAGUUUGAGGAGGGACUUCUCCUCAAAUCCGCAAGCUGCUAAUGUCACGAGCAAAGUCUUCGUGAGGUCCACGAAAAGUGGGAAGGUGCAAAAGAUUGUUCGAGAGCUUUAUCUGAGACAAGACAUUCCUUGUUCCUCGAAGCUCUGCUCAAUAUGCCCUUCGAUCGCACCGGCUGACGCCAAUGGAAACAUUGCGCCGUUCGUCCUCUCCGAUCGUCCCGCCGGCACGAAGGCAUUUCCCCGCGGCCACUAUCUCGUCCCCGAUACAAAUGCGCUGCUGAAUGGAAUGGAUCUGUUUGAGCAUACCGGCGCCUUCUUUGAUGUCGUUAUUCUGCAGACCGUCCUCGAAGAGCUCCGAAACCAGUCGUUACCUCUCUACAAUCGCCUUCUCUCCCUCAUCAAAACUGAUGAGAAGCGCUUUUACCUAUUCUUCAACGAAUUUCGCCUGGAGACGCAUGUGCGCAGAGGCCCGGAGGAGUCGAUCAACGAUCGUAACGAUCGAGCCGUGCGCACCGUAGCUAGCUGGUAUGGCGAGCACCUCCGAGAGUCCGCAGCAAAGAAAGGCAAGAAGGAGAAAUCUGUUCCUGCGAUCGUUGUUAUUACCGAUGACAAGGAGAACCUCCGCAAAUCGAAGGAGGAGAAUGUCACAGCUUUGUCGUUGUCAGAUUAUGUGGCCGGUCUGGAAGACUCUGAGAAGCUUCUGGACAUGAUCAGCGAAGCCAGAGAAGCACGGGAUGCAAAGGGUGCACGCGGGGAGCUCUUCUACCCCGAGUACUAUUCGAUGUCCAAACUCAUGACUGGGUUGCGGGCCGGAAAUCUUCACCAAGGAGUAUUCAAUGUUUCGCCCUACAACUACCUCGAGGGCUCUGUCAAUGUUGCAGCCUUUGAUAAGCCACUUCUCAUUCUUGGCCGUGACAAUAGUAACCGCGCGAUUGCAGGCGAUGUUGUUGUGAUUGAAGUAUUGCCAAAGGAUCAGUGGAAAUCCCCCUCGACAAAACUCGUGGACGAAGAGGCAGUGACCCGGAAUGACAACCCCGAUACUGAGGAGACGGAAGCCGUCGUUUCAGAUAGAGAGCGCAAAGCUCUUCAAGAUGAAGUCAAGAAAGCUCACAGCAAUCGCUCCGAUGGAAAGCCGCAACCAACCGCCCAUGUCGUUGGAGUAAUCAAGCGUGGCUGGCGUCAGUACGUCGGUCAUGUGGAUUCCAACUCGACCGGUUCCCAGGCCGCUUCCGGCCGGAGGCAACAAAAUGUCUUCGUGCUACCCAUGGACAAGCGUGUUCCUAAGAUCAGAGUUCGCACCAGACAAGCCGGCGAUCUGCUGGGUCAACGUAUUCUUGUCACCAUUGACUCUUGGGACCGGGAUUCUCGGUAUCCUACUGGGCAUUUCAUUCGCUCCCUGGGUGAGCUGGAAACAAAAGGAGCGGAGACGGAAGCUCUUCUUUUGGAGUACGAUGUACAGUACAAGCCUUUCCCCAAAGCUGUUCUGGACUGUCUGCCGUCGGAGGGACACGAUUGGAAGGUCCCUGCCUCAAAAGAGGACAAGGGCUGGACAGGCCGACGAGACCUGCGUGAUUUGAUCGUUUGCAGUAUCGAUCCCCCUGGAUGUCAGGAUAUUGAUGACGCUCUCCAUGCACGCCGUCUGCCGAACGGCAACUUCGAAGUUGGUGUCCACAUUGCAGACGUCUCACACUUCGUCAAGCCCAACAACGCGAUGGAUCUUGAAGCUAGUGUACGUGGCACGAGCGUUUACCUUGUUGACAAGCGUAUCGACAUGCUUCCACAUCUUCUUGGUACAGAUUUGUGUUCUCUGAAGCCAUACGUGGAGCGUUAUGCCUUCUCUGUUAUCUGGGAGUUGACCCCCCAUGGAGAAAUUGUGUCUUCGGACUUUACCAAAUCGGUCAUUCGCUCGCGUGAGGCAUUUAGCUACGAACAGGCUCAGCUUCGCAUUGACGACCCUUCGCAAAAAGACGAACUGACCGAGAGCAUGCGGCACCUCUUACACUUUUCAAAGAUUUUCAAGCAGAAGCGUUACGACGCUGGUGCUUUGAACCUUGCUUCCCCAGAAGUUCGCAUUGAAGCCGGCGAUGAAGCCGGCGACCCUCUGACGGACGUCAAGACUAAGGCCAUGCUCGCCACGAAUAGCUUGGUCGAAGAAUUCAUGCUUCUCGCCAACAUCUCCGUUGCUUCGAAGGUUUUCAAUUCCUUCUCGCAAACCGCGCUGUUACGACGACACGCCACUCCCCCGCCUCAGAACUUCGAAGAACUUAUCAAUCAGCUGUCGAAGAAGCGGAACAUGGAACUUGAUGUUUCCAGCUCUGGAGCCCUCGCCAACUCCCUGGACCGCUGUGUCGACCCCAAAAACCCGUUCUUCAACACCCUUGUCCGUAUCCUGGCAACCCGAUGCAUGACCUCUGCGGAGUAUUUCUGUGCAGGCGCCCACGCCGAGUCUGAGUUCCGCCACUACGGUCUUGCCUCGCCGAUCUACACCCACUUCACCUCGCCUAUCCGUCGAUAUGCCGAUCUGCUCGUCCACCGACAGCUGGCUUCCGCUAUUGGCUACGAAGGUGAGGAUGGCCAUGCUGUCGCCGAAGGUGUCAGCACUCGUGGCAAGCUGGAGGAUAUCUGUCGCAACAUCAACUUCCGCCACCGCAAUGCUCAGUUCGCCGGCCGCGCCAGUAUUGAAUACUACGUCGGCCAGGCACUCAAGGCCCGCGGCGAGAAGAUGGCUGCAGGCGGUGAUAACACGGGUGUCGACGAAGAGGGCUACGUUAUGCGUGUCUUCGAGAACGGUGUCGUGGUCUUUGUGCCUCGCUUUGGAAUUGAGGGUGUCGUUCGUCUGGAGGACUUUGUGCUCCCGGGUGAAUCAGGUGUUUACUCGGCCGCAGAGAGACGGGAGUUCGCAGUCCACCGGACCACCGAGUUCGAUAAUGAGGAAUACACCCUGCGCGUGGAGGAGAAGGGUCACCCGGAGAAGGAACGUGGAGUGACUGUCGAGCUCUUCCAGAGAGUCCAGGUCAACGUCAGCUCCGUCAAGGAAGAGGGUCGCGCUGCCGGCAAGAGGAGAGUCCGGAUUCUCAUUACAGGUUCGACCGACAAAUAG